AUGGAACACAUCCGCACGCCCAAGGUUGAAAACGUCCGCUUGGUAGAUCGAAUAUCUUCUAAAAAAGCAGCCCUCGGUACUUUGUAUUUGACUGCCACUCACGUCAUAUUUGUGGAAACCGCACCUGAUGCAAGGAAAGAAACAUGGAUUCUCCACAGUCAGAUCGCCACCAUCGAGAAACAGGCAACGACAGCUACCGGGUGCCCUCUACUGAUUCGCUGCAAGAACUUUCAGCUCUUACAGCUCGUCAUCCCGCAGGAAAGGGACUGCCACGACGUGUACAUCUCUCUCAUCCGCCUCGCGAGGCCAGUGAAAUACGAGGAGCUAUACUGCUUUUCAUUCAACCCCAAGCUGGAUAGAGAAGAAAGGGAGCAAGGCUGGAUGCUGAUCGAUCUCAGCGAGGAAUACAAGCGAAUGGGCCUCCCUAAUAAUUAUUGGCAGCUCAGCGACAUGAAUAGAGAGUAUAGGGUCUGUGACUCCUACCCGACCGAACUGUACGUUCCCAAGUUGGCCACGGCACACAUCAUAGUGGGGAGUUCCAAGUUCCGGAGCAGACGGCGAUUUCCUGCCCUUUCUUACUACUAUAAAGAUAACCACGCCUCCAUCUGCCGGAGCAGCCAGCCUCUGUCCGGCUUCAGCGCCCGCUGCCUGGAGGAUGAGCAGAUGCUGCAGGCCAUCAGGAAGGCCAACCCGGGAAGCGACUUCAUUUACGUCGUGGAUACUCGGCCCAAGCUUAAUGCGAUGGCAAAUCGUGCUGCAGGGAAAGGCUAUGAGAACGAAGACAAUUAUUCCAAUAUCAAGUUUCAGUUUAUCGGGAUAGAGAACAUCCAUGUCAUGAGGAGCAGUCUGCAGAAAAUGCUGGAAGUGUGUGAACUUAAAUCUCCCUCCAUGAGUGAUUUUCUGUGGGGACUGGAGAACUCUGGCUGGUUGAGGCACAUUAAGGCCAUCAUGGAUGCAGGAGUCUUCAUCGCAAAGGCAGUUUCAGAGGAAGGGGCCAGCGUGCUUGUCCACUGUUCUGACGGCUGGGACAGGACCGCUCAGGUGUGCUCGGUGGCCAGCCUCCUCGUGGACCCUCACUACCGGACUCUGCAGGGCUUCAUGGUACUAAUUGAAAAGGACUGGAUUUCCUUUGGUCAUAAGUUUACUCACAGAUACGGCAACCUAGAUGGUGAUCCCAGAGAAAUCUCUCCAGUUAUUGACCAGUUCCUUGAGUGCGUCUGGCAGUUAAUGGAACAGUUUCCCUGUGCCUUUGAGUUCAAUGAGAGGUUUUUGAUUCACAUUCAACAUCACAUCUAUUCCUGCCAGUUUGGGAACUUCCUAUGUAAUAGCCAGAAAGAGAGACAAGAACUCAAAAUUCAAGAAAGAACAUACUCUUUAUGGGCUUACCUGUGGAAAAAUCGGGCUGACUACUUGAAUCCCCUGUUUAGAGCUGAUCACAGUCAGACCUGGGGAAUCCUUCAUCUCCCCACGGCGCCGUGCAACUUUAUGUUUUGGAAUGGAAUGUAUAAUCGCUUUGAGAAGGGACUGCAGCCUCGACAGUCAGUCACAGAUUACCUCAUGGCCGUGAAGGAGGAAACUCAGCAGCUGGAGGAAGAACUUGAGGCCCUGGAAGAAAGGCUGGAAAAAAUUCAGAAAGUGCAGUUAAAUCGCACUAAGGUGAAGAGCAAGCAGAGUGAGCCCAGCAAGCACUCAGGGUUUUCUACCUCGGACAACAGCACGGCCAACACGCCGCAGGAUUACAGCGGCAAUGUGAACUCCUUCCCAUCCAGGAGCCCCUCCCAGGGCGAUGAGGAUUCCGCUCUGAUCCUCACCCAGGACAACCUGAAAAGCUCAGACCCAGACCUGUCCGCCAACAGUGACCAAGAGUCGGGGGUGGAGGAUCUGAGCUGCCGCUCCCCUAGUGGCGGGGAGUGUGCGCCGGGCGAGGACAGUGGCCGGGACCGGGAUUCCGACGAGGCCGUGUUUCUCGCCGCCUGA